AUGAGCUCCAACCUGGAACGGGUCAACGAGAAAGGUGAGGGUGGCAUCCGACCUUUCUUCGGCGUCGACCGGCCCUACACUGAGGAGAUCUGCAACGAGCUUCGUGCAAGGAUGGAGGGCCGAGGGGACACCGCCCAGCGCAGGCAGCAGACCUUCUUGCUUGACCAGGUGACGAAGUUGACUGCUGAGCUCCCCCUGAUCAUGGCCAAGCGUGGCAUCCAGUGGCUCGCUCGAACUUCUGGGAACAACACGAGAGUCUAG